GCACAAUCCAAAACUCCUCUCGUCAUCCACAUCUGCAACUCCCCCACCCGCACCAACACACCAAACCGAGGAGCACGCAGAGGAGGGGAGGGAGAGAGAUGGAGGAAUAAAGCAGAGAGGGGGAGCCCAGCCGGAGAUCAAAAGGAAAGCCGAUAGCUUGUGUUGUGUGUGCGUAGAGAGAGAGAGCAGAGAAGAGGGAGAGGAGAGGUGUGAACAGAGCAUCCCCAUGGCCUCUGCUCCUGCUGCUGCUAUAUAAGACCGGGGCGCCUCUGCUUCCCGAUCCCCGUCCCCCCAACCACCCCGGUCUCAUGCUUCGGUCCACGCACCCGCCCAGCCCCACCAGCGGCAGCUCGGCGGCCCCGGCGUCCAGCUCCGACGCCACGAUGGUCGGGGGCGGCGGCGGCGGCGGCGCGGCGGGCAGCGGCGCCCCGAGCGGGGCCAAGCUGCUGCAGAUCCUCAACGUGCGGGUGGUGGGCAGCGGCGACCGCGUGGUGGUGCUGUCCCACGGCUUCGGGACGGACCAGUCGGCGUGGAGCCGCGUGCUCCCCUACCUCACCCGCGACCACCGCGUGGUGCUCUACGACCUCGUCUGCGCCGGCAGCGUCAACCCGGAGCACUUCGACUUCCGACGCUACGACACGCUCGACUCCUACGUCGACGACCUGCUCGCCAUCCUCGACGCGCUCCGCAUCCCGCGAUGCGCCUUCGUCGGGCACUCCGUCUCCGCCAUGAUCGGCAUCCUCGCAUCCAUCCGACGCCCCGAGCUCUUCGCCAAGCUCAUCCUCAUCGGCGCAUCGCCCAGGUUCCUGAACGACAACGACUACCACGGCGGGUUCGAGCUGCCGGAGAUCCAGCAGGUGUUCGCCGCGAUGGCGGCCAACUACUCGGCGUGGGCGACGGGGUACGCGCCGCUGGCGGUGGGCGCGGACGUGCCCGCGGCGGUGCAGGAGUUCAGCCGCACCCUCUUCAACAUGCGCCCGGACAUCUCCCUCCACGUCUGCCGCACGGUGUUCAACACCGAUCUCCGCGGCGUGCUGGGCAUGGUGCGCUCUCCCUGCGUGGUGGUGCAGACCACCCGCGACGUCUCCGUCCCGGCCUCCGUCGCCGCCUACCUCAAGGCCCACCUCGGCGGCCGCACCACCGUCGAGUUCCUCCAGACCGAGGGCCACCUCCCGCACCUCUCCGCCCCCGGCCUCCUCGCCCAGGUGCUCCGCCGCGCGCUCGCCCGGUUCUAGCGACACGCCCCUCCCUCAUGGCGAUCGGUAUCUUUUACCGCCUCGGUUUUACCCCUUGCCAAGAAUCAAAAAUGGCGCGACCCGCGCCGUUGCUGUGUGUUGCCAAUCCAUGACUGUAGAAGAACUUGUUCUGGUGCCCCGAUUUUUUUAACUUUUUAUUACUGGAGCAGUAGUACUGGUAGUACUCCGCAUCUCGCCUUCUUCCUCCUGCGCCGCACCUGCACCGCAGGACAGAGAUAAGCGGGCCUGCUCGCGCCACGUGGCGGGUGCUCGAGACGGUGCAGGAGUUUGUUCCAGCUUCUCUCGUGCCUUGUCCCAUCUGCAAGAGUAGGCUGCAGUAACUUUUUCUUCUUCUUCUUUUUAGGCCAUGUUUAGUUACUCCCAACUUCCAACUUUGACACUAUGCAAAAAGAAGAUUCCCCA